CCCAUACAAAACCCGUAUAAAUGCCUGGCGGUUGUGGCCAGUCUUUCCUUCUUCACUUGACAACGAAGAAACUCUGAGAGCAAGUUGCUCUCUCGUAACUCUUGAACGCAGUUGAGCAAAAUAAAAUCAGACGAGACGAUUCAAAAAGGGGAAACAAAGGUUUCGGAAAAAUAUGGAUCCUCAAGGAUUUGCUGACGUGGGAUUGGCUAUGAUUCACGGCGACUACUACCGAACGAGCGCCAAAGCCAACGAACAUCGACGACCCGUUCUACUGCAGGCCUGGCUCGCCGAAUUUGCCGAUGUGGUUUUCCACGAAGUGAUUUUGAAUCCGAUUUAUGGAUCUGCUGCUGGUGAUGGUCACAAUGCCGCGCUUUACCAUGGCAUUCAGAAUAAAGGCGCCAUUGACAUUUUGAAAGAGAAUGUUGACUGUUUGGCGUCGACGAGUUCUUAUUUCGUCUCGGUCCGGUCAGCUGAUAAUCGGAAACGAGUCCAAGAAGCUUGCGCCAGGAUUUUGAAGCAAGUGUGGGGUAAACGAAACGUGUUUACUCAUCAGCGGAUCACCAAUUCGGAUUUCUUGAGGGACAUGCUCGGUCGAAUGAUCGACUUUUGCCAUUUGUUAUUUAAGCAUGAGAUGGACACUAACAGAUCGAAUGCUUUCCAGUCGCAGUGUGAAAAGGAAUUGGUCAACAUGGAUGUUGAAAAUCAUCUCUACUAACCUUUGUCGAUUCAAAAGAGAAUAACAAAAGACACUUUCAGUCGUGAAUAAUAAUCUGACAAUUGGAAGCUUCUUUUGUUCUUCUUCUCCAUUUUAUUGCAUCUCAUCUGCUUUGAUCUAACCAACGAUUGAUUUUCUGAUGUGACUUGUCAGUUGGCUUGAGUUGUUUGCUAGCUGUCUCUGUUGAACGAAAGAUCAGCCGAACUGAAUAAAACAAACGUUGAAUUCAAAAUUCCAGGCUUGGAACGCAAUGGAACAUUGUUGAGUCAAAUCAUAUUACUGAAUUUAAGAUGUUGAAACUUUUUCUUUAAG